AUGGCCUACGACAAAGUCAUCGUCUUCGGCGCCACCGGUGACGUCGGCUCCAAGGCGGCUCUCACGGCGCGCCAGCUGGGCGCCGAGGUGGUGCUGGCGCUGCGCGACCCCAGCAAAGCCGUGCCCGGGCUCAGCGCCGCGCAGGAGCAGGCCGGCGGCUUCGAGCGCGUGCAGGCGGACCUGACACAGCCCGAGACGCUGCGCGCCGCUGUCGAGCAGACGGGCGCCCGCGCUGUCUUCAUCUACGUGGCCCUCGCGUCGCCGGACCACCAGCGGUCCUCGCUCGAGGCGCUCAAGGCCGCCGGCGUCGACUGGGUCGUCUUGCUCAGCAGCCUCAGCGUGCAGGGUGACCCGCGUGCCAUCGGCGCCGACGCCGCCUUCAUCCCGUUCGCGCACGCCUCGGUUGAGGUCGCGCUGCAGGACGUCUUCGGCCGCGACCACUACGCCGCCGUGCGGCCGGGCUGGUUCGCCACCAACUUGUACAACUACAAGCCCGCCAUCGCCGCGAGCGACGCCCCGCCCAUCAUCUCGCCGCUGGGGCUGUGGGACUUCAUCGCCGCCGAGGACAUGGGCCGCGUGGCCGGCCAUCUGCUUGUCCAGGGCCGCGCCGCGCUGACCGAGGGCAAGAACGAGAUCUUCAUUGCCGGCCCGCAGCUCACCACCCUGGGCGAGGCCAUCACGGCCAUUGGCAAGGUCCUUGGGAGGAACAUCAAGGCGCAAAAUAUUGAAGACGAUGAGGACGCGUUCAAGGUGGUUAGCGACGCUCACCCGCACAUGCCCGAGCCUCUGUCCAGGCAGCUGGUUGCGGAGUAUAGGAAGGCGGAGAAGAGGUCGCCGCUGUACGACAUGCUGGACGAGGCCAUUGCCAACGUACCCAAGUACGGCGGCGGCCAGCCCGGCAUGACCGUCCAGCAGUGGGCCGAAGCCCACGCAGUUAACUUCAAGUAG